UUUUUUUUGUUUUUCUUAAAUCAUAAACAUGACAUCAGAACCUUCAUUCGUUGUAUUUUCAGGUGGAUCUGCCUGCAAUCAUAUUGUUAAUGCAUUUCAAGCAAUUACACCUAGUGUUUGUUAUGCGUUAGGUAUUUCUGACAAUGGCGGUUCAACUAGUGAAUUAUUGAGGGUUUUAGGUGGACCUAGUAUUGGCGAUUUAAGAUCAAGACUUACACGUUUAAUUAAUAUUGAUGGACAUAAUGUAGAAGAACAAUCAGCUAUUAAAGAAUUACUCAGUUAUCGCUUAUCUUCGAUGGGUGAUGAGCAUGCCGUUCGUGAUGAAUGGUCCUUAAUUGUUGAGGGACGACACAAAUUAUGGGAAAAGAUCCCUAUUGAGAAAAAGGAGACGAUCAGGGGCUUUUUAGUCUUGUUUAACUUUGAAAUAUUAAAAAGAGCUCAUAAACAUUUCAAUUUUUGCCAUGGGUCGAUUGGUAACUUUUUUUUAACAGGCGCACGCUUGUUUUUUGGUUCACUUGAAGCGGCUAUUUUUCUUUUCUCAUCGAUUACUGCUAUUCGAGAACCUACGUAUGUUUUACCAAUCAUUAAUACGAAUCAUACAGCGGCUAUUGCUGCAUUAUUAGAGGAUGGACAGAUAUUACAUGGUCAAUGUGAAAUUAGUCAUCCAGGGCAAAAGAAGGUAGAUACGAGAUCUAUGAAUCCUAUUGAUGCCUUUUCUAGACUAGCGUUGCCAAAUUCACCAUUGUUAGAUAACGAUGAUGUAAUGAAUGGCAACUUAAUCUUUAGUAAAACAACAGAAGAGAAAUUACCAGCACCCAUAUCACGUAUCUAUUAUAUAAAUGAAUAUGGUCAGGAGAUUUAUCCAUUACCCAAUCCAAAGAUUCUAGAUCAUUUAAAGAAUCGUACAGAACUUGUUUAUUCUAUUGGUUCCCUUUAUACUUCCAUCUUACCUUGCUUAAUAUUACGAAAGGUUGGAUAUGCUAUCUCUCAUUCACCUUCAUUACACCAUAAAAUCCUUAUCCUGAAUGGUUCCACAGAUCGUGAAACAGACGGUUACACUGCCCUUGAUUUUAUAAGAACAAUUACAGAUGCAUUGAAUGAAAGUCAGCUGAUUGAUGCACGUCGUCAAUUUUAUGAUACGCAUAUUGAAGAGGACGCGUUAUGUCAAAAUGGCCAUUUAUCAAAUGACUCUUAUCGCAGACCAGUCGCUGAUUUUAAUUCCAAACGUUGGCCACUAACGCCAUCCCUUGGUCAACUUCAAAUAUCCCGAGCACCUAGCAUCGUUGGCGGUCAAGAGGAAGGUUAUCCCUCGAAUGGUUAUUUUAAUUUUUCGCAGUCUUUCGAUAUCCCUUCUGAAUUGAUUCCUGAUCAGCCUCCAUCGACCUAUAUUACUCAUUUAAUUUACCUUUCAAAUUCACUUAUUCCUGUAGACGUGGAAGCUAUUGAAUCCUUAGGUAUCCAAUGUAUGGUGGUGGAAGCAGAUCCAACAAGUGAAGAACCUAAAUAUAAUUCUGCAUCACUCCAAGCUGCACUUGAAAGAAUUAUAAAAACAUAACAAGGUAUUGGAAACAUAUACAAAAUAUAGAAGAAGAAUAUGAUGAAUAGCAAAACACAUUAUUUAUAAUAAAAAGAAUAUCGAUAUAACACUUUUAUGUAAUAAAC